GGAAGUGACGAUUUUGAUCUGCGAAAAAACCCAAACACACGUGUGUCCCGACCAAGCUAAAGUUAUCUAGCUAUCUAGUGACUGAACCGUCAACAAUGGGGAAGAGAAAACAGAAGAAUCAGAUAUUUAAUAAUUUAUCAAAAAAGCAGAAGAAACAUCUGAAAGAAUUUGGAGAGGAGCAUCCAUUCCAUGAUAUAGUCACAGAAAAGGCAGAGAAAACACAAAUAUUGGAUCUGCCAGACAGCCCAGUACAGUCCUGUGCUGAAAGUGACGAGGACGAAGAACCAGAGCACAAGUCAGCAUACCAGAAGUUGUUGUCUACUCUCAGCAGCCCUGCAGACCACGAAAGCGAAUAUGAGAGUGUAGAUGAUGAUGAUGAUGAAGAAGAGGAUGAGGAAGAGGUAGAAGAGCAUCUCAGUGAAGAAGGAAGUGAUGGAGAUGAUGAGGAAUGUCAAGACGCAGGAAACAAUUUGACUCUGACACCAGAAGAGGCAGAUGAGGGGGAAGCAGGACCAAAUGAAGGGGGUGAGGAUGCUAUGGAGAAUGAAACAGCAGGAGGAGUGGAGUUUGAGGACAAGGAACAUGAGUCUCAGUUCUGUCUGGAGAACAACUUCUCUGGAGAAGGAGAACAGGAGGGUGCAGAGAGCACUGCUAAACAAGAGGAUGAGGAAGACUCCUUUAAGCUGCACCUUGACACAGAGAUUAGUGAGGAGGACGUAAAACGGAUCACUGCUCGCACUAAGGCCAAGGCUCAGGUCAAGUGGCCAAGCCUGGGCACCCUCCUCUGCUCCUCCCCUCUGGAGAAGUUUGGUCCCGCCGGCCAGGAGAAAGACAAAAGGCCUCUGGUGCUCCACAAAGCCCUGGAAACUAACUGGACAUCUCUGAACCAGACCUCCAACUCUAAGGGAGCUGUGGAGGAGGUCAGUCCACUGCAGCUGGAGCUGCUGUCUCUAAUGGGUUCCUACAGGGACGUGUACUUCCCAGAGAGCUCACCACUCACCGAGGGCUGGCAGGUCCGCAGUGCCUACUGCCUCCACGCACUCAACCACGUGCUGAAGGCCAACUCUGGCGUUCUGGGUCAUAAUGCCCAGACGAGGGAGAACCAAGCCGCAGACAAGGCCGGAGGGAACAAGGCCGGAGUUGAGCCACAGGAUGAGCCCCGGGACCAAGGCCUGACCCGACCCAAGGUUCUGAUCCUGGUGCCGUUCCGAGAUGGAGCGCUGCGGGUGGUCCAGACCCUCAUCAACCUCCUGGAAACCAAGGGCAGGAAGAUGGAUGUCAGCAACAAGAAGAGGUUCAAGGAUGAAUUUGGAGAGGAACCAGUGAACACGCCACCCAACCUCUUCAGACCAGACGACUACACCGCCAUUUUCUCUGGCAAUAUCGACGAUCACUUCAGGAUAGGAGUUUCCAUCUUGAGGAGAAGCAUUCGGCUCUAUGCACCCUUCUACUCCUCUGACAUCAUCAUAGCGUCUCCGCUGGGCCUGCGUACAGUGCUGGGGGUGGAUGGCGAGGCCAAGCGGGACUACGACUUCUUGUCCUCCAUCGAGAUACUGGUGGUGGACCAGGCCGACGUCUUCCUCAUGCAGAACUGGGAGCACCUACUGCAUGUGAUGAAGCAUCUGAACCUGCAGCCCUUGGACCCCCAUGGGGUGGACUUCUCCAGGGUGCGCAUGUGGAACCUGAACAACUGGGCCAAGUACUAUCGCCAGACACUGAUGUUCAGCUCUAUCCAGGACCCACAGAUCAACAACAUCAUCUCUAAGCACUGCUUCAACUACCGCGGCCAGGUUGCCACCAAGAAUAUGCCUAUAACAGGCUCUAUCUGCCAGGUUCUGGUUCAGCUCCCUCAUGUCUUCCAGAUGAUCAACUCUAACAGCUUCAUGGACCAGGAUGCAAGGUUCCAAUUCUUUGUGGACAAGGUCCUGCCCCAGUACAGGGACUCAGUCAUGUCCCACACGCUCAUCUAUGUUCCCUCAUACUUCGACUACGUCCGACUGCGCAACUACAUGAAGAAGGAGGAGAUCAACUUUGCCAGUAUAUGCGAGUACUCGACCAAGUCAGAGGUGUCCCGUGCCAGGCACUUUUUCCAGAAGGGAGAUAAACAGUUUAUUCUCUUCACCGAACGCUUCCACUUCUACAAGAGAUACACCAUCAAGGGAAUCAAGAACCUGAUCUUCUAUGGGCUGCCCUCAUACCCUCACUUCUACAGUGAGGUGUGCAACAUGCUGCAGGCAGGGGGCCAAGGAGAGGAGGCUAGCUGGACUUGCACAGCCCUCUACUCACGCUAUGACGCCCAGCGCCUCGCUGCCAUCACUGGGGCCCAAAGGGCCGCUCAGAUGCUGCAGUCCCAGAAGCCCGCACACCUGUUCGUCACGGGCGAGGAGAAGGGCCCUAUGGGCCCCUAACACAGACGGAAAGUGACUGAUAUCUGUAGGUAGGAAGAGGGAACUUCCUUUCAACAGCCACUUUGGUUUUAUGAUCAUGAAAAUGUAUUGACUUUAGUCAGACAUGCUGUUGAAAAGAAUAUCAGCUUUUUUUUCCCCCGUUUUCUCUCCAAUUCCGUGGUAUCCAAUUAUUUAGUAGCUACUAUCUUGUCUCAUCGCUACAACUCCCGUACGGGCUCGGGAGAGACGAAGGUUGAAAGUCAUGCGUCCUCCGAUACACAACCCAACCAAGCCGCACUGCUUCUUAACACAGCGCGCAUCCAACCCGGAACCCGGAAGUACCAAUGUGUCGGAGGAAACACCGUGCACCUGCGCCCGGCCCACCACAGGAGUCGCUGGUGCGCGAUGAGACAAGGAUAUCCCUAUCGACCAACCCCUCCCUAACCCGGACGACGCUAGGCCAAUUGUUCGUCGCCCCACGGACCUCCCGGUCGCAGCCGGUUACGACAGAGCCUGGACGCGAACCCAGAGUCUCUGGUGGCACCGUUGGCGCUGCAGUACAGCGCCCUUAACCACUGCGCCACCCCGAACAGUGAUUUUUAUGAAUACACCCAAAGUUUCAAGUAUGGUAUUAAAGCGAUGUUACUUGAGAUUAAGUGUCUUCAACAUUUUUUACUCAAACGAGUCUAUUACCAGCAUUCAAAUGUUUUGUCAUGUUAGCAUAUUGCUUUUAAAUACUUUAAGUGAUACAGAUGUGCACCUUUGCUUUGAUAAUUUAGUUAUGUUAAUUUUUCUA